AUGUUUCAGCCCAUGUUUGGAUCGCACCGGCGCAGGGAGGUGCCGGGGGCCGAGGGCAGGGACACGUCGUCGAGCGAUGGUACUCCACCCUCUGCCGGAGUCGAGCAACCUCAGCACCGCCCUCCGUAUGCAGAGAAGUUCCCGGCAGCACCUACCAAGCUUUCAUACUUGCCUGACAACAUCUGGUACCUUCUUCUCGACCUCGCACUGGCCGGCUUGCCGCUUGUGUUCAUCGUGUAUGGCGUCCUCGCCGCGUGCCUUCACGGCCGACCGACCGCAUCCUUCUACUUCGGCGAUGACGGCUACAACUGGUCGGGCGAGGUGUAUGGACCGGCGAUGCUCAUCGUGCAGAAUUACAUCCCAACCUUCUUCCCCAUGGCGUUCGGCGUCACCGUGGCUCGGUUGAUCCAGGCAUUCGCCUUGUGGCGCGCUCAGCGGGGGACUCGGCUAGGCGCCAUCGAACAGCUGGUGGGAAGUACGUCUCUCGGCGGGACCGUCAAGUCUCUCUGGGGCCUGUUCAUCUUCAACCCGGUCGGGGUGGUUCUUUUCCUGCUUUGGGCGCUGGCUCCGGUCGGAUCUCAGGCGGGGCUCAGGAUUAUCAGUGCCAACGGCACUUAUGUCAAUACCACCACGUUCAAUUACAUGAACACCAGUGCCAUUCCGACGGGUCUUCAGACGGAGAACGACGAACUCCAGUUUUACACCUACGCUGUCAAUGCGAUAUAUAGCACCCUGAUCCUCACCCCAGGAGCCAUGGCCGGGCCUCAGGACCCUUGGAGUAACGUCAAGAUCCCUUCACUCGAAUGGCUCGAGCGAAACGGUGGCUGUGAGGAUUCGGGGUGGUGCUCGCGCGCCCUGGUCAACGAAAAGCAAGGGCUGAACCAAUCCGUCGUGCGGGCGGGGACGUGGACCUCCCUGAGCGGCCUUCCGGUCGUGGCGGGCGAGUAUGGCGUGGGAUUCCAGAAUUUCACCCUUUCGGCCAGCUAUUGGGUUCUCGACUGCACGAGUCUAGAAUAUGUCGACCCGUCGGUCCGGUUCUCCUCCGCCCUCCCAGGCCGGGGGGACUAUGAUACUGACAACGCCUCUUCGAUCUGGAACAGCGGCAAUGCCGAACAUCCAAAUACCUUCUUUGUCGACACGACGACGCCUCUCGCCGGUCUGGGUUUGGCCGAAGGCGAUGCUCGUUCGCAGGGCACCCAAGUGUCCCCCCGAAAUCUGACAUUUGGCUCGCGAGCUCCAGAGGGAACGUCGCUGGCGACUUGUACUGUGGCCAUGUCCUAUGUUCUCGCCGAGGCGAACUGCAACUUCACGGCGCCGCUUUGGAAUAUCGACAAGACGGCGUCAGGCCGGACGUCGGCCGGGGCCUGUUACGUUAGCCGGGUCCGGAGAGACCCAGAUCAUGCCGUGCACGACACGCACACGCCCCUGGAUGUGACAUACCGGAUUGCACAGCGGCUGUUCACCCAGUGGCCCCUGGCCACAGGGACCAUCCCAUCAGGAACAUCCUCGGCGACCGAGCGUUUCAUCAACGACGUCAAUUCGGACUCGCCGUCUGGCAGUAGCAACUCCAUCCUCGUGGCCACGGACUGGCUGGGCUUCAACACGACCGACCAUGACCACGACGGGGGCACUUCGUACGUCAACAUUGCAAGCCUCGACCUCCAAACCUUCACCGAGCGCUUCGCCCUUCUCUUCAACACUUACUGGCACGCGUUUUGCAACCUGCAGGCAAUGACACAGUCGGAGAUCGGACUGGGCUUCGGCUCUGUGUUCCCUCCGAACGUCAUGUUCCAGUCCGUCGACGCCCAGAUGAUGAUCGCCGGCCAGCAUUUCGUGGUCAAUUUCGCCUUCCUCGCCCUGUACCUGGUGUGUUGCUUGGUCGCCUUGGCUGCAGGUAUUCUGGGCUUGAUCCUUCAAAUCUGGACCCUGGUGCCUGAUGUGUUGGGCACGGUCAGCAUGCUGGUCAAAGACAAUCCUUACACGCCGGUCCCUGAAGGCGGGUCGGCAUUGGACGGCCGCGAGUAUUCGCGAAUAGUCAUGAGCUUGCCGGUGAGGCUCUGUGAUGUCAGACCCAAUGCUCCGGUGGGACAUAUUGCGUUGACGAGUCUGCACGUCAAGGAUGAGGCGGGCAUCGUUGCUCCUGUGCAGAGGGGUCGAUUCUACCAGUGA